AUACAUGAAUCUACAGAUGAUGAAGUGGCGAAUGAUAGACAACAAACAGAUGAAAUGAACGAAAUUGAAGAUACUACAGCAAUUCAGAUACAAUCAGAUACAAGCGGGGCAUCACUUCAUCACAAUCCCGAAGCAAGCGAUGAUAUUAUGAAUAAUCCUGAAGAGUCAAUUAAUAAUUAUAAAGAUGGUGAAAAACAUCUUGAUCAGAAAAAAGCACGUUUAAAUUUACCAAGGAGUCUGAAGAGGAAAGAACGAAUGCGAUAUUCUUCGUCUAAAACUGAAUCUGAUGUCUAUCAACAAAUAUCAGAUUUCUCAGAAGCAUCAUUGGAGCUUGAACAAUUCCCAAAGACAAUCAAGGCUGCUCCAAAUUUUUAG